CGGACAAGUUCUGGAUUGAGUUGCGGCAUGUCUAAGGAGCGGCUCGAACUCUCGACGUCUGGGAGUAGGAAAUUCAUGACGCACCCAGGUUGCACGUGAGGGCAUACCGGUCGGAAGGCCAGCCAGCAGCGAGAAGCGCAGCUUCUCAAGCUCAAUCAAGUCCAACUUGAGCUCCGAUCCGUUUCUCAGACUGUGGCUUCUUUCUCUUUUAGCGUUGAGCGGAGGCUUGUGAAGCAGUGAAUACAUUGUGCUCAUAUCGCUCUUCGGAGAGAAGAUGGGAAGCGAAUCCAAUGGCAGAGGCGAGCGAUCACAGUCCAGCGCACCUCCCACGGUCUCGACAUCAGGCCAAGCGUUCAAUCCACCUAGAAUCCAACAGCCUAAGCCACAGGCACUGCCCAAUAGAUCCGGUCCCUCCGCUAUACUUGUCUCUACACGACAGAAAGGAAACCCGAUCUUGAACCAUAUCAAGAUCGUACCUUGGGAAUAUGCGGAUAUUCCGGCCGACUACGUGAUCGGCAACACUAGCUGCGCGCUGUUCUUGUCGCUCAAGUACCACCGCCUACAUCCUGAAUACAUCUACUCGCGCAUACGGCAGCUAGCAGGGAAGUAUCUACUGCGCAUUGUCUUAGUGAUGGUGGAUAUAGCAAAUCAUGAAGAUAGCCUUCGGGAACUGUCUAAGACGUCCCUCAUCAAUAACCUUACAUUGAUGCUGUGCUGGUCUGCACCCGAAGCUGCACACUACUUGGAGCUGUAUAAGUCAUCCGAAAAUUCUCAACCUACAGCUAUUCGCACGCAGCAGGCCCAAUCCUACAAGGAAUCACUAGUCGAAUUUGUGACUACUCCCCGCAGCAUUAAUAAGUCGGACGCUGCGAGCCUAAUCUCCACCUUUGGAAGCCUACAGAACGCGAUCAAUGCGCCGUCAGAGCAGAUAAGCGCGGUCCCUGGAUGGGGAGAAAAGAAGGUCAAGCAAUGGUAUAAUACAGUGAGGGAGUCAUUUCGAGUGGAGUCGAUGAAGAAGGCGAAUGCUCCCAAUAGAGAUAGAAAUCGUCGACUGGCAGAGCUGGAGACUGAGACGGCCGGCGCCUCUUCAAGGUCAAAUGAGGGUCAGGAGCAAUUUGAUGAAGAGUUCUUGCUUGCGGAGUCGGAGUGCAGCAAGCCCGAGAUAUGUGCAGAUAUUAUUGAAGAGCAAAGGUCCCAAGUUGGCGCCCAGUCAGAGGCAAUUGACCAAGGCAUCGUGGUAGCACUGGCAAAGCUUCGUGAGACUGGUGGCUGACGGGACGCUGGGGUUGUGAGUUGAUCUAGCAUAUAUUGACCGCCAGAUCAAUGAAUCGAGCCUCUCAGGCCAUCUCGUGUGGGUGAGCCUCAACCGAGGUCAUAAGUUGAUAGAGAGAGCCGAAAUUGUGAGCCAACACUUCGAGGACUCCCCUCGAUUAGGCAAGGUAUGUAAGCUAUAUUUGAGGUGACUCUCAAACCAGUUCUAUAGCAAAGUGUCCACGGUACUGUACACCUCCAGCCCCCGAUCCGUGAGAGAUGGAAUAAAAAUACCUAGUGUUAGCAUAUU